UACCUUCGAAUUCGCCUUGUAUUUUUCAGAUGCUUUCUACAUUUGCUCACUGUUUAUACAAUCGAAGGGUCAAAAUUUAAUCUUGGUUAUAUUUUUAGAAAAAAAUGGUGCCGAAGCCUCCACAACGCGAUUUAAUUAAGAUAAUAUUUAAUAAUUUUAUCAAUUCCCUGCGACCACGUCAAUUCAAAGGAAAUUAUAUAGGGGAAGACUACUUUGGUAACAAAUAUUACGAGAUACCGGCGAAUCCAUCAAUUGGAAAAAGGAAAGCUUCUCGAUACUUUGUUCCAAACAGGAAGGAAGCUUUCGAUCAAGAACUGACAGCCGAAUGGGAAGCAUGGUUACGUGGCCGUCGGGAUGAGCCACCUACUCGGGAAGAGCUAGUAAGAAAUUUAUCAAUAAUGGAGAUGAAGCAACGUAAUGCGGCAGAACUUGAGGGCUCAUAUGGAGAAAAAGAUGACAAAGGGCAGGUGUUGCCCAAGAAGAGAGAAACUAUUGGCACCUUUCCCAAGUAUAACGAGUACGAAAUUAUACCUGGUAAAGAUCCAGAAAAGAAAUACUAAAUAUAAAUUUAUUUCUCCGAAAUCCGAAGUUUGUGAGCCUACGUGUAUUUAUUUGUUACUAGUCAAAAGCACUCAAAAGAAUUAUUGAGGAAAAUCGGAAUUCCCAUUCCAUAUAUCCAUUGCAAAUAAAUAUAAAACUUGUGUCUAAAUUA